AUGGCCGCCUUUCAGCAACAUCCCUCCGCCACGCUCCCGCUCCUUUCAACCACGCACCGCUUCCUGCCUCAGACAGCCAAUCCGUGCGCGCUUACAUCCUGGGUUCUCAGAGGGCUCAUCGAUCGCUCCACCCCUCACCCCUCCGAAACAAAGGGGCGCCAAAAAUGGCCUUCAGCACCACGCAGGCUGAACUCUGGCCAGCACCCAGCUGCCAUGGCUAUAAAUACCCUCUUCCCAGCCGACCAUCCAUCCCCUGUUCAACUGGGUCCUUUCUUCGCCUCAAACGCCACCUCGAAGCUCUCCCCCUGGUCUCUCGCCGUUCUUCCUUCUUUUCAAUCGUCUCUUAAGACGCCCCGACCUCUAAAGUCGUUCCUCCUCACGGUCAAUGAAUCUGUCAGCCAUGCGUCGUCGUCGGUCGCCCGAUGCCAGUAA